AUGUUAUCCACUCUGCGUGAGGAAUUUUGGAUCAUAGGGGGUCGUGUCCCUAUCAAGAGUCAUAUACUUAAAUGCAUUCAAUGCACUCGUUUCCGUCAGAAAAGGGCGCAGCAGUUGAUGGGUCAGCUUCCAAAGGCACGAGUUACACAAUCUCGUCCAUUUCUCCAUUCGGGUAUUGAUUAUGCUGGACCACUCUCCAUUAAAACCUGGAAGGGAAAAAACGCUCGAACGUAUAAGGCCUAUGUUGCUCUAUUUGUUUGUCUUUCUACCUCCGCGAUUCAUCUGGAGUUGGUUACUGAUUACACAGUUGAUGCGUUCAUAGCUGCCUAUAAACGAUUCACGGGGCGGAGAGGAAUCUGUAUGUCAUUAUGGAGUGACUGUGGCACUAAUUUUACGGGUGCAGAUAUUACGUUGCAACGAUUAUUCUCCGAAGCUACAUCCGAAUCUCAGCAACUCGCUUCCUUGCUAGCAAAUAACGGUACACAGUGGAAUUUUAAUCCACUAUCAGCUCCGCAUUUUGGCGGUAAAUGGGAGGCAGGAGUAAAAUCCUUGAAAUUCCACCUUCGUCGAGUGAUAGGAGACGCGUUACUGACCUAUGAAGAGAUGAACACUCUACUCGUUCAGAUCGAGGCAAUUCUCAAUUCGAGACCACUAACCCCAAUGAGUAAUGACCCAGAAGAUUUAAACGCCUUGACCCCUGAUCACUUCCUCAUGGGCUGCGCGCCUAAUGUUGUCCCAGAACCAUCUUUAGAGGAUACGUGUACUCCAAGACUAUCCAGAUGGCAACUAAUACGAAAAUGGUUGAUUGCUUUUGGACAAGAUGGUCCAAAGAAUGCUUACAGCGAUAUCACGCUAUAUCCAAGUGGAAGAUUGAUUCUGAUUCGAUCGGGAUAG